AUGUCGUCCCUGGUGAUUCAUGAACGUGAGCAAGACGAUUCCGAAGUAGAGAGAUACUCUAAACGCCCCAAGCUUGACGACGAUUUGGAAGGGAGUACCACUGGCUUUGGUCCCGAUAACUCUGUACUUCCUCCAAGUCAUGCAUUACUCGGCAUCCCUAAACCUGUUGCUAAAGAAGGCUCUGCCUUAAACUUUCUUGAGGCGGACGUCGGUAUAUCAGAGUAUGUUGGGCGCGGAGAAGCAAAGGUGGAAGGCAUAAUUAAGCAAAGAUUCACAGACUUCCUGGUGUAUGAGGUCGACCAGGAUAACAAUGUCAUUCAUAUAAAAUCACUGUCUAAACCAGAAUCAAACAAGCCAGAAAAAGGGGAACCACAAUCCACGACAUUGGGAGAAUCCUCAACCAAGGAACCAAAUCAAUCAGACAUGCCCCCAGACGUGUCUGCAAAUGAGUGCCAAUCAACUCAGGGUACUCCGCCAUUGAAACCUUCGACAAAGGAAGAUCCCUGGCCAGAGCAUUUCAACUCUUCGCUGUCACCAUUCCUAGACGAGGAAAGCGUAAGCAAACUGAGGCAAAUUUUUUUGGAGGGGCCAGAACCUCCUAGAGUAAGCGAUGGCGGUUGGGCCGGACGCGUCUCAACCUCGAUGUCCGGAGAAGCAAACCCCUCAGCCGAUCAAGACUCUGAGGACAAAACCACAAAUGAAAGUAGUGGGGCAGAAAAUCGUCGUGGUCGUGGGGGAAAGCGUGGUGGCAGAGGAGGUCGGGGUCGGGGUGGAGGUCGAGAGGACACAAGGAAGGUUCUUUCCAAUCCCAUGACCUCCAAGGACGCGCGAACUGCUUUCCACAAAAUAAUUCGCGAACUUUUCGGAGGAAAACUCGAUACAGAAACUGACACGACGGGAACAAAAAAUGAAGAAGGCUCGCGCAUUUCAGUUAAGUGGGCCAACAGAGGUGGAGGUGGAAGAGGGGGAGGAAGAGGAGGAAGAGGGGAAACCUCAGGCCGUGGAUCUUACCCUCCUUACAUCCACUUCACUCUUCAAAAAACCAAUCGUGACACCCAGGAUGCACUGGGUCAUCUGGCACGCAACCUUCAUGUUAACGUUAAAGAUUUAGCUGUGGCCGGUACUAAAGACAAACGUGGUGUAACAGUACAGAGAGUGUCACUCAGUCGCGGAAAUAAGACCGUUGAGGAUGUUUGGAAGCUUGCCAAUAAUGUAGGUCCAAGGCGAACUGCAGAGGACGCCAUUUCUCAACGUGGAGAGCGGGGAAUACGGAUUGCGGAUUUUAACUAUCGAAAAGCUGGUCUGGAGUUGGGCAUGCUAAAAGGGAAUGCCUUUGUUAUUACAUUGAGAAAUGUCAAGGUGAAAUCUAUGGAAAUUUUGGAUGAGGCGAUGAACACGAUAAAACACAAAGGCUUUAUCAAUUAUUAUGGAAUGCAACGUUUUGGAACUGCCUCGGUGCCAACGCACUCCAUCGGGUUGGCUUUACUGAGGUCAGAAUGGCAGAAAGCUGCAGACAUGAUCCUCAGAAAGAGGUUUGGGGAGCAUCCUGAUGUCGAAGCAGCUAGAGACGCCUGGUUGGUGGAACGCGAUUUAGAUAAAGCUUUGAGUCUCUUCCCCAGACGCGUUGUUGCGGAGCGCUGUAUCUUGGAGAGCUUCAAGAAACAAAAGGGCGAUACUCGAAAUGUCAUGGGUGCCCUAUCUACUUCAUACGUCUGGAACGCUAUCGUGUCUGAGCGUCUUCGUGAGUAUGGUUGUGAACGGCCGAUUGUGGGUGACCUUGUGUUCGAUUCCCCCAAGAGCAAGGAAGCUAUGGAUGUUGACGUUGGAGAGGAUGCAUUGGAGAAUGAGGCAGAAGAGGCAGCCGUCUCGUCUAAGAAAAACCGAAAGCCGUACGAAGCACCUCAAAUCAAGACCUUGACAGAGGGAGAUCUCGACAAAUACAGUAUUUUUGACGUCGUUAUGCCAUUGCCAGGUACAGACGUUGCAUAUCCAGGAGGAAAACUGGGUGAACGGUACCGAGAAUUCCUGCGCAUGGAUGGUCUUGAUCCGGAUAACUUUUCGAGGAAGCAAAAAGACUAUACUCUGAACGGAUCUUAUCGAAAAAUGCUACAUCUCCCCAAAGAACUUUCGUGGUCCGUCCUGCGGUACACUGACCCAGAUGUCUCCCUGGCACAGUCGGACGAAGACAAAUUACUUGGAUUUGAUCCCCCGGCGGUGGUAGAAGACGGUAAAUUUAUGGCACUGCAAAUCAAGCUCACCCUUGGUACUGCAGCAUAUGCCACUAUGGCUUUGCGGGAAAUCACGAAAACUGACACGAGCUCUCAUGUGCAAACAAGUCUCACGGCUGCAGCUGAAGAUCAAAAGUAUCGUGGGAUUGGGAUGGAAAUGACACCAAGCGCUGAAGAAGAGUAA